CACGUUUUAAACUCUUGCUUAGGUGAGCCAUCGGUUGAUGAACGACAAUGGUGGUCUUCACCUGCAAUCACUGUGGCUCUUCGCUCAAGAAGAAUCAGGUGGAUAAGCAUCGUUUCCAAUGCCCAAAUUGUGUGGCCGUGUCGUGCAUGGAUUGCGGGAAAGACUUCUGGGGAGAAGAAUACAGUCAGCAUACAAAGUGUAUCACUGAAGAGGAAAAAUAUGAAGGAAAUGACUUUCAACCCAAACCCAGCCAGAAUAAAGGCGAGAAGAAACAAGAGGCAUGGAUAGAGCACAUCAAUAAUGUCAUCAUGACACAGAAGAAGAUGGAACCAAAACUCAGAUCCUUACUGACAAGGCUUACACAAUACAGUAACAUACCCCGGAAGAGAAAGAAAUUUGAGAACUUCAUUCGGAACAGUGUGAAGGCACCAAAUGAUGUCAUUGCGAAGGCUUGGGAUGUGUUUGAAAGUUCUCUUAGAGCCCAGAAAAACAAUGACAUCUCAAAUGGGAAUGAAGAAAAGCAGAGUAAGGAACUGCUGAAUGGUUCUAGUGAGCAAGGAAAAGGGGCUUUGAAAAGGAAGCAGCAACCAUGUGAGCAUGAUGAUGAGAGUUCACCCCAAGAGAAGAUAUCUAAACAAGAUGAUGCAGAUGAAAUCCCUUCACAAGAGGAAGUGCCAAAGUUCAAGUGGAAGUCUGUGAUAAAGCAGGCUUUGAGAGAAGCUGAUGGACAAGAAUUACCUGUAAAAAAACUGCGCAAGAAGGUACUGAGUGAGUAUCAUGCAAGGGGAGGAGAUGGGAAAGGAAACAGAACCUAUGAGGAAUUGUUAGUAAAAUUCGACAAGAUGAUUCAUUCAAGUCCCAAGCUGAAAGUCUCCAAAGAGAGGGUGAAACUGAUGAAUUGACAUGUCCAAACUCCUGCUUUUUAUCGUGUCAUCUUCUCAGCUCUUGUGACAGCAUGAAUGGCAU